AUGUCUCUCUCCUACCUCCCACCCGUCAAGCCCUCUGCCAUCGCAUUGGGUACCGUCUUCAACCACGUAGCAUCUCUCGCUGUCCUCGGCCCGGUCUUUGGUGACACCUACCACCGUGCCCAAGCUUCCAACUCCAAGGAGGAAUUCGUGAAGUCGAAGGAGGCUGCCUCUGCUGCUGCUGCAUGGGGAACUUCCCUCGUCGGUAGCGCCGUCCAAUCAUAUGGUGUUGGUGCUCUCAUCAAUGCCACCGGCACACUCAGCUACAAGGGUGCUGCAUACUUGGGCUCCUUGAUCUUCAUGGCCAGCUCAGCGCCUUCUUUCAUCGCUCAAAUCUUUACUGAGAAGCGACCUCUUGACACCAUCGCUGUUGGUGCGCUUGCCCGUAUCUUCGAGACAGUUGGACUGUCACUCUUCCUCACAUGGUGGGGAACCCACACCAACCCUUUUGAGUAA